UAUCGAGUCUAUGGAGCGAAACUGUAUUGUGUUUUCAGAUUUCCUGGAGGUCCCUGAAGGCAUCAUUAGUGUUAACGGUUGGAGAACCAUGGAAUACUUCAGAGUCGGAAGGAACGUGAACGCCUCAUGGUGACUCCAGUGUGAUGGUGAGCAGGUGAUCCCAAAGCAGCAGAGAUGGUCUACCUGUCAUGGCUGUUCUCAUACUGUUGCUUACCUGGCUGUCUCCAGUGCUGCCAGCAAUGAAUAAACUCCCUCAACCUGUAAACCUGGACUUGACUUCAGACCACUUCAUUUACCUGCUGAGGUGGGAGCGAGGAGCAGGGACCCCCCCAGGAGCGUCCUACAGAGUCAGCCUGUGCACAGACAGGGGGACCUCCUGGCGUCCUGUCCUUGGCUGUCAGAGCGUUGUCGACCCACUGCUCUGUAACCUGACGGAGGCGUUAUCUAACCCCUUAGAGUCCUACUUAACAAAGGUCACAGCUUACCUGGGGACUCAGAGCUCAAACGGCACAUACAAAAGACUCACGCCAUCAUCUGGUCUGGGACCCCCCCUGCUCUCUGUCGCCCCCUGUGAGAGAAACCUGUGUGUGGAGCUGCAGCCCCCCCUGCAGCGCCUGAGACCAGUCUAUGAACUCCUGAAGUACGGACUGAGAGUGAGCAGCGGAGAGAACACAGUGCUGGACUCGGUCUCAUUGGACGGCUAUGUUCUGAGUCAUGUGGCUCCUGGCAGACAGUACUGUGCGUCUGUGUGUGUGGCAGACACUCUGCAUGACAUACACUCAAACUACAGUCAGCCAGUGUGUGUCGUCACACCAAGCACCUUCAUCACAGAUGCCUUGGUCUCGUCUCUGCUGAGCGUGUUGGUGCUCAUUGGCGUGGCCGUUGGCGUUUUUCUGUUCUCUGCUGGUUUCAUCUGUCUUAGGAGGAGGCCCCUCCCCUCCGUCCUGACGUCUCUCAUUCACAUUGAGGAGGUGCUCGUCCUCGCUGCUCCCUGCCCUUCCUCCUUCUCUCCUCUUUACAAUGAUAAAUCAACAGCGCCCCCUGCAGGAGAGAAGAGGAGCGGCACCUCUUCAACAGAGAGCGACGACGAAGAGGAAGAGAGCACCCCAGAGAGCACAGGAGGAGGAGGAGGACUUUAUCUGUUGAAGAAGGGCACGAACCUCCCUUCCUCCUCCACCUCCUCUUCAUCUUCAUCCUUAGCUCCUUCAUCACCUCUCAGCCCUUUCUCAAACCUCCCAUCACACUCCUUCACUCCUCCUCCUCCUUCCCCCUCUCCUCCUCCUCCUCAGACUCUGAUGUCAGCAGAGCCAGCGCCCCCUGCAGGGCACGAACACACACUGAACACACAUUCUGCAGACCAGACUGCUCACACACACACGAUCCCAGAACCUCCUGCAGGCGGAGGGGAGGAGGUAAGAGAUGGCCUCAAUGUGAACCUCCUCACUCUGACCUUUGACAGAGAAGAUCAGGAGGAAGAGGAGGAGGAGGAGGAGGAGCCAGAGAUUUCCUCCAUCAUUACUCCGUCCCUGCUCCCACAGAGAGUCGCUGUAGAAACUGUUUCCUGCCCUGAAGAGGAGGAUGAGGAGGAUGAUGAUGAUGACGAGGAGGAGGAUGACGAGGAGGAGGAGGAGUCCUCUGGAUACAUCUGUACACACACCCUGCUCCAUCUAUAUGUUUGUGUGCGGGUUGAGAGCUGCAGCUUUGACCUGCAGAACGGUUCAUGGAGGAGGAUGGAGCUGAGGAUUCUUCUUCUUCUGCAUCUACAGCUUGUAGGUGUGUGCCUCCCCCUCCCCCCUCCCUCCAACGUCUCCAUCUCCUCCUUUAACAUGCAGCACACUCUCAGCUUCCUGCCCGGACCCCAGAGCCCAGCUCACACCCGCUACGUCGUGCAGACCCUCUCACUCAGCAAGAGGAAGCCGUGGAAGUCAGUGGCUGCGUGUUCUGAGCUGACGGCCGGACAGACCUGUAACCUGACCCAGGUCUUCAAGAACCCGUUUGAUUCCUAUAUGGCCCGUGUGCAGGCCUACACCACCAGCCAGACCUCCAACUGGACUGGGUCUGCAAACUUCCAGCCUCUGACCCACACUGUGUUAGGACCUCCUGGCCUGUCGGUGUCCGGCUGUGGAAACUGUCUGAACCUGCAGUUAACUCUCCCCGCCACAGGGGGGCAGCAGCAGCAGAAGCAGCUCAGAGACCUGUACAGUAACCUGGACUUCCAGGUGAAGAGGACCAGAGAUGGUGCACAGUUUGUGUUGAGUGUUGCGUUCACAGAGCAGGUGGUGGUCUCGUACCUGCAGACAGGUGUGGAGUACUGUGUGAGUGUCAGGGUGAGCGCUCGGUUAUCAUCCACGUCUUUGUACAGUCAGCCUCAGUGUGCUUACACCAGCCCGCCCCCUUCUGUACACACACCAGUGUUGGCGACCUUCGGCCUGAUGGGGGCGCUCUGUGCUGUGUGUCUCGUCUUCAUUUGUUUGGUGAUCUACAGAGGUGGGCGGAGCUUCAAGAGAUGCCGUCUGCUUUCACCUCUGGAUGUAGAACGUUCCUGUCCUGAUCUUUACGCUACAACUUCAUUAACUCAGCUUCACGAAGACGACUCAGCUGACUGACCUACGAGCUCUUUAGGCGUCAUGAUGGAGCUGACCAUACUCACCAACUAGCCUCAUGCUAAUAUCGAAACAGGCAAAGAGGCGGAGCUGAGGUCAGAGCCUAGACGCAAGGCUAACGGCUACAGCGCACCCACCUGUCACUCAAAGAAGCCACACCCCUUAUUAUAACUUUAGAACCUCUGCUUUGAGAUUUCUCUUUACUAAUGAACAUGGAGUCCAAAAAACUGCUGUUCUCAGAGUGUCCACUAGAGGCUGUCUCCAAAAGUGAGUCAAUCCACAUUUAGCCCCAUGUUAAAGCUGGGGUUGGUAAUCAGAUUGAGAUACACUUUUUGUUAUACUGGUUAAAAUGAUCUUUAUGUCCCGAUGGCGAUUAAUACAUAAUGAGCAACAAAAAGCUGCUAUCUACAGCCGGAGUAAACCUGAGAAAACACCAACCAAUCCCUGCCAUCAGGAGCCAAAUUAUGAACCCAAUCAAACCCU